AAAUUUUCAUUCAGGCAGUCAACUAUUUUUCAGAGGAGGUUAAAAUUAUCUAGAAGAUUAAAAUUAAUUCAGUGAAAAGGUAUUUUUGAUUUUUGAAUUUGCGGAAAUAAGUGAUAGAUUUUUUUAGUUUAGUGUAAAACUUAUUAGUAGACCUAUAAACUAGAACUAAAAUGAGUGAAAAAUGUGAAAUAUGUGGAGAACCAUCCGAACUGAAAUGCUCGGCUUGUAAACUUGUCUCUUAUUGUUGCAAAGACCACCAAAAACAAGGAUGGAAAGCACAUAAACCGUUAUGUAGACCAUUUGAAAUACAAGAAGAUCCUGUAAUUGGUAAAUGUUUAGUAGCUACUAGAGACAUUAAACCUGGAGAUAUAAUCUUGUCUGAAUUUCCUCUGGUCUAUGGACCAAGACCGCACAUGGUGGAGGAGGGACCUGUUCCAUGUCCAGGAUGUUGUAAGUUGAUCAUUGGGGAACAAUCAGCCCGCUGCGAAGGAUGUGACUUUCCAAUCUGCCAUCCAGCUUGUCCAGGUUUAAAAGACAUGGAAAAGCACGGACACGAAUGUAUGAUCCUAGGGUUAAGAGAUGUCAAGGCUAUAAAUGGAUUGCACGAUUUUUACAGACAAGAUGCUCUGUUGGUAUUAAGAUGUCUUUUGCUUCAGAAUAAGCAUCCGAAGAAGUUUGUGCAGUUGAUGGAAAUGGAGGGGCAUCUAAAAAAGCGUGGUGCAGAUUUAACUAGGGCAAUUCAAGAGAGAAUUGUCGAUUACCUACACAGCAACUUCUUCCACCCAAUGACCAUUCUAGAAGGAAGAUCCGGUAGAAAAGUGCUAGAAGACGUGUCCCCAGAAACUAUCCAAAAGCUGUGUGGUAUUAUAGACGUGAACGCUUUAGAGAUAAAUCAAAACGCAGAAGUAUCAGCUUUGUAUCCAACGAUUUACCUUCUGGAGCAUAGUUGUCUUCCAAAUACAACGCAUAAUUUUGAUAAUGAAACUUACAAGGUUAAUCUAAAGGCUAGUUCGCAUAUAAGUGCAGGUGAACAUAUUACGACUAUGUAUACACACUGUCUUUGGGGUACUCAAGCUAGAAGGGAACAUCUUAGGGAAACGAAGUAUUUUGAUUGCGAGUGUAAACGUUGUAGUGACGCAACGGAAAUGGGAUCAUAUUUAAGUGCUCUUAAAUGCAUUGGAACCAACGAUGAACCUUGUGGUGGUACCCAGCUACCGAUAAACCCCUUAGACGACAAAACAGAAUGGACAUGUGAUCAAUGUACCGUCAAAAUAUCCAACGAAGAAGUAAGUUUUUUGGUAAACGGUAUAGGAGAAGAGGUCGACAACGUUCAGCUAGCUAACCCUACAGUUAGAGAGCUGGAAGCAUUGCUCAAUAAAAUGCUGACCUUCCUACAUCCUAACCACUACCACGUCUACGCUGUGAAGCAUUCGUUGAUACAGUUGUACGGGUACCAACAAGGGUACACUCCAACGCAAAUUACUGAUGACUGUUUGGUGCGGAAAACUACAAUGUGUAGAGAGCUGUUAGAAAUUACCAGGAAGAUAGAUCCAGGAAAUUCUAGGCUAGCCCUUUACCACGCAGUCCUACUCCACGAACUAUUCCUAGCAAACUGGAUCACCAUCAAGCGUAAGUGGGACCUUGGAAUCAAAGCCAAAGUUAAGUCGGUACUGACUACAAUGAGCGAAUGCAAGACCUGCCUCGACCAACUCCAAGAUGUGCUAAAGAACGAAAAGAAUACCCCCGCUGGAGAUAAACUAAUCAAUUUAGUAAACAGUUCUACGAAAGAGUUUAAUAAGUUUGUCGAAAGAAAUAAAAUUGAUUUAUCAGGGCAAACUAAGGAAAAAUUAGUUAACGGAUCUGACUAGAGAAUCAAUGCAAUAUUUUUAUUUUAAAAAUUUACAUACAUAAAUAAUAAAUAACACUCUA